GGAAGUAAGAAUUACAGAAGUUUCGAGACAACAUUUCAGUAUUUUUCGUAAACCAGUGUUACAAUAUUUGAAAGUUUAUUAUUUACAAAAAAUAUCAACCUUAAUUAUGAAGAUUCAAGCACUUUUGGAUUGUUUUGAUGAUAAAGAUUUGACGGAAAUUCAUGAUAAAGAAAAUUUUAACAGGAAUUUUAUACUUCGGUUUCUUGGUUUUGUCAUGCCUGGGGUGCUCACGUUUUCUACUUUAAUAAUAUAUUCAACAAUUCAAGGGCUUUCAGAAGAAGUUUUUUACGACUUUCGGGUUUUUAUACCUAUUGUCACAAUGAUUUCUGCAGAAAUACUGAUAUUGGGUAUGUUAGUUUAUAAUCUAAAGCCGGAAAAUCCAGGCGAGAUUCUAUCUAUAUUCAAAAAAAUGUUUGUGCCUAUUACUGAAUUAGCAUUAAUCAUUCUUAUAAGUAUUGGUUACCAGUCUCUAACUUAUGAUAUAAUUGCACGCGAUGCAGAAAGGCAAACACCUGUAGUGAAGUUGACAUUGUUCACGUAUUUUGCAUAUUUUCUGGCCACCUUUAUGGUUUUGUCGGCCUAUUAUCGCCGCAAUACACGAUGUACCACUGAUUUGGAUUCUGAGAACUGUAUUAAAGAUCAAGAAAUUUGUAAUGUAGAAUCGAAUCAUUUACUUAUGUAA